UUAAGGAUGUUCUGCUCAAGCUGAUUUCUUUAGAAAAGAAACAACAUUUAAGUACUGUAGGUAUAAGCUAAUUUUCAGAUAUUGUUUUUGUGUGUGUGUGUGUGGAUUCACUUUCAUAGAUCAAUUGUUUACCACAAGACUACAGUAGUAAUGUAGUAAAAUGCACUAGCAAAGUAAACUAAUUCAUGCAGACCCAAAGAUAAUACACAGGCAAAAUUAUAUAAUAAUUUCACCCCAAAUGAAUAGACUGCUUUAUGUCUGCAUAUUCCUCAAUUUAUCAGAUCAGGUUGCAUAGUUCCUUGAAGUUUUCAGGUGGCUUUCUCAUGUUUUACAGUCUGCAAAGUAAUCAAGCUUAAAAUUGUCAGCAUGUUGCAAAAAUUACGCCCAAGCAACAUUGAGCUCAUGUUAUUUAUACACUAACAGGACUCUGACCUUGAGCGAGAACUUGACAGUAACUGUAAACACGUGAGAGCUUGUCAUUGCUCUUUUCCCACGACCGACUCUUAUUUCAGUUGAUCCCUUUUCUUUUUUCCCAUGCAGGGUUUAGUUACUUACAAACACAUUUCCAAGCAGGGCUUUGUUGUCAUUUUCACCUGAAGCAUUUCAAUAUCUCAGUACAUUCAUUGCAAUGGAGACCUGAAGUUUCGAAUGCUGCUCUAACCUCACAGAAAUGUACCAUGUACACGGUGGUGAAACAACUUCUGUCACUGUACAGUUCUUGUGAUGUCACCUACAGCAUGACACAACUUGUCCUGUUUCGUUUGAAGAUACCAGGUUGGCCUAGUCUGAUCUGUUUGGCAAUGACGGCCUGAUGUUUUGAUGUCCUUGUUGUUUGGCAUUCAUUGGUCUUCUUCCCACACCUUUCUGGGAAAUGAAAGCUGGCUGCUUCAACCUUGGAGUUUUAGUUAGUAGCUGUGGUUGCCAGAACGUUGUGAUUUUACAGAUUGAACUUAGAUGUACAAAAAAAAAAGAGGAUUUUAUUAACCAAUAUAAUGUUAAAUACCUACUGAAGUACUAAAACCAGUUUCGUACCUUUACACUGAAACAACCCAAAAACAGGUUGUAAAAUAAGGAAGUCACAAGUAGAAUCAAAGCGCAUCAUACAUACUGUAGCUUUCCCACAAGUUGAGGUAAAUAUAUGAAAUUCGUACAAACAAAUACAAAACACUAUCAUGGUAACACACAAGACUAAAAUGAUCCAGAAAAGAAUUCAUUUAACAACAUAAAAUGUAACACAAAACCCAAAUCUGCUUUAACUAAAUAGCUUUUUUUUACAGUUUCUGUAUGUACUUCCUGUGUGACUUGCAACAUUCUCUUCAUUCUAUCUGUUGUCUUGAUUUUUUUUUCAUUGUCAUUGUUUGCGUAGUCUUGUGAAUACUUUGUCAUUGUCUUCUGCGUAAUUUACUUUUAGUACAGGCCUACUUUUUUUUUUUUUCAAUUAAGGACACAUUUUGGCAUUGUUCAUUAGAGGAAAAGAAAAGACUGUUCAUUUCACUUCUGUGUUUUCCUACCAAAUCAAUACAUCCAUUCUGAUUCACAUUCAUUGGCAAUGUUAUGUGAAAACAAACAGCAUCUUCAGUAGACAUGACAAAUGGCAACCACAAAGCUUUAAGGAAUCUCAGAGACUGUUUAUAUCAAAAGGUGACAGACACAGCAAACUGAUUCAUAAGUGGAGGUAGAGGCCUGUGUAAAGGUUAUCUUGUUAAUAACUUUAAUAGUUUCGUUGUGUGGGCGAUGAAGGAUACGUGGAUGUAAUUUGAUGAGGUUAGUCAGAACAGUCUACAUGCCUCUAACCAUGAGUGUUCAGCCAGGUACUAUGACUGGUAUGUAUGUGUCGCACCCUUCAAACGAAUCUGGAUUUGAUGGCUACGUGCCUGAAGGAGAAUACACGUUGACUUCUUUCUUUUAAAAGAACUGAUGCACAUUUUAACCAAAAUAAACACUACAAUGUUAAUGAGUCAGUUGAUCACUUUUGUACAUGGUGGAAAGCUACAUUUGCACUGUUAGUUUUAGCUUGUGUCUUCGCACAAUCAACUUUGAAAAUGUUCUGCUUCCUCACCAGUGUUGGGCAAGUUACUUUUAAAAAGUAAUUAGUUACAGUUACUAGUUACUUCUUCCAAAAAGUAACUAAAUUAGUUACUCAGUUACAAAUUUUAAAAGUAACUAGUUACUUAAGAAAGUAACUAUUGCGUUACUUUCAAGUAAAAUUAAAUUUUAAAUGCUCAAAUGUGACCCCACCUCUACCCCUCUUUAACGGAACUUAAAAUACAUGUGCAUGUUCAAUUAUUUAUGAUAAAUCUGAAUAUUAUAAUGAAAUGGACACUUAAUACAAUACAUCAUUAACAGAAACAUGAAACAUUGUAAACAUCUAAAAAAAAAUGUUGCUGUGGGACAAGUGAGACUAGCCUCCAAUCAAAUGCCAUGUAUGUAAAUAUUAUGUUUAUAUAGUGGAUCAAUGCAAAUAACACAAUAGAUGUUUUGGAACUUUUGAUAAUUCCUUUUAUUGUUCCUUUCAUUUCUUGAAGGAAAAAGUAAUGUCUAUACUUCCAUUAAGAGAAGGCUACUUUUGAAUUAUUUGGGCUCGUCGCCAUACCUGUCUCUCGUUGAAUGACUGGCUUGUGUUGCUCCUUGUGUGUCCUGUCCUGUCCGUAACUAUGCGUUAUUAUGGGUCGUUCGCAAUUCAUGAGCGUUAGUGAUGAUGGGUCGUUUGCGAAUGAGCUUUUGAUGAGUCGUUCGCGAUUCGCGAAUGAGCCGACUCUAAGAGCCGGCUCUUUUAGGUGAACGUCGGGAGCUGGCUCGCAUAUCUGAAGAGCCGACUCUAUUUUUACUAAUUUAGCCUAUAGAAAUUAAAUAAUUAUGUAAUAAAAAUUGAAAUAUUAUAGUCAAAGUCAUUUAAAGAGCCGUUUGUGAGCAAAAAGAGCCGGCUCUUUCCAGUGAGCUGAGUCAAAAGAAACGAAAACCCAUCAUGCGUGCUUUCGAACACCCGCCCAACUCUACCUCUGAUUGGCUUACAAUGAAAUUUUACUCUACCUCAGCCAAUCGUCAGCAUUUAUGCGCUUGUCUCGUGCUCUGCCCAUUAACCAAGGUAGAACAGUAAAAAAGUGUCUCUCGCUCAGAGAUCUAUUUGGUCUGAUGAGAAAAAAAAAAACAGCAUCAUCAGUUAUAGUAACGCGCUGCAUUUUUUGGCAGUAACGGUAACGGCGUUAUUAAGAUGAGAAGAGUAAUCAAUUAGAUUACUCGUUACUGGAAAAAGUAAUGCCGUUGCCGUUAUUCCCAUCACUGUUCCUCACACAUAGCCUGGCAGGUUGGGUAUUUAAGAACAUCAUGUGCUUGACACAUGCAGCAGCUGUAUUGUCGGUAAGGGGUGUGUAUAUCAGUGUAUGUUUGGAUGAGAUAUUCCUUGUCAUUUUAACUACCCACCUUUCAGUCACCUGUGCCUGCUGUGGUGUUUACUUCUGUAUGCACUCUGAUACUGGACACUUUUAAACAGAUUUAUGGCAUAGUUUCACACUUUGGUAUAUCAUUAAAUGUAGAUUUAAUCAAGAAAGGUGAUGCUGUUGGUAAAUGAGUUUACUGCCUGCUUGGAAGUUUCAAAUAUCUGCAUUGAUAAACUUUUCCAGAGAUGUUAUAUGUAUUAUAUUAUAUAUAAGUGUGCAAAUCUUUUCAGUUUAGAGUGGCCUUUAAUAAUUGUUAAUAUAAUAGUUAGCGUGUGUCUGCCAUUUAGCUUUAGUUUUUCCUGUCCCACAGGAUGCAUCAAACUGAUCAAAAGUGACGGUAAAGACUGUUAUUUCACGUAAAUGCUGUUUUAAACGUUCUAUUCAUUAAAGAUUCCUGAAUUGAAUCAAUGGCUAUUGAAAAUUCAACUUUGCCAUUACAAGAAUUUAUUAAUUAAAAUAUACUAAAAUAGGAAAUAGCUAUUUUGAAGUAUAAUAAUAUUUCACAAUAUUAGUCUGCUUCCUGUAUUUCUGAAUAAAUGAUCACAGCCUUGGUGCGAAUUAUUAUUAUUUUUAAAUCUUACAUGAUAACUACAAACUAACCAUUGAACUAUAGCUUCUCUUGAGUGACAGCUUAGUUAUGCAAAAUUUUCAACCCUGCUACCUGCUGAAUUUUUCUAUUUAAUUUUAUUUAUUUAAUAUUUAUUGGUACAAUUAACUAUUACACAACAGUACAUCAAUGCUGAAUGGGUUUUAAGCUGCAUUUAGAUGCUCUAAAUGGAUAACAGUUUUACAAAAAUGGCAAAACUAAAAACAAAAUGUAGGUAGUUUAACCUUCUGAGGGUUGAGCACAUUUCCUUAUGCAAACCAUAAAUCAUUUUUGAGAGUUCCAGCCCUAUUUUGUUCCUUAUUUGUGAAAACAUGCCAGAUAAAUUAAGUUUCAAAAGCAUGCUCAUGAGGAAGGAUGCUUUAGUCUUUAUCUGCUAUUCUUCUCUCUGCUUCAGGAAAAACGAAGUCAUGAUGUGAGUGAGUGGUGGGCUGGACAUCUGAGACAUUACGUCAACAUAGAUUCAGACAAAACAGGUCAAAAUACAAGUCCGUUCUCUGAACAUGCCCAAACAGAACCAGUGGCCUUAUGUAAUGUUACGAUGGAAUGCUUUUGCCAUGCACAAUGAUGCAGAAGGGAAUGACAGCCCAAACAAAAGUAAACUAAACCUAAUUCAUCAACUCAACAACAUUAUACAACAGAAAUACCUUUAAACAUACAUGUCUCUUUGAGAUUUGCUCUACCGAUUACUGCUAACUGGGUCAAGCACAAGUCAAACUGGACUAGUUUUUGUUCUCAGUACACUGUGUUUCUCUACACUUACUAAUUACUGGAUAACACUGGAUAACAAACCUUUAUAAGGAAACAUUUAUCCACCAUUUCUGUCUGAUGUCUAACAUUCCUGUUAUUUAUCAUUUCCUGCUGAUCUAAUCUAGCCUCUCAUUUCAGUGGUGUGUGGUCUAUGUACCAAACUGGCCUAAAGGGGGAUAUGUUACACCCCCACAAAGCUUGUUUCCCGGCAGCAGCAUGUUUUUCACAUUCCAGAGUUGUGAGAUCAUAUUCCAAUUCAGCUCUCUCCUGAAUGAUAUCUGUGUUCAGAGCCCCAAACAACACCAUCCUUCAUAUGGUACCAAUCGUGCCACCCACGAUAGACCCUUUGAGCGCUAUACCGCACAACAACAACAACAACAAUAAACAGACUCCAGUCUGUAAACACUAUAGCACUGUCAGUGCAGUAUAAUUCAAAUUAGUUAGGGGGAGGUUAAAUUUCUUCUGUGAAUGAACAUACCCCUUCUCAGUUUCACCAAUGUUUUUGUAUUCUAAAGAGACUGCAGGAGGGAGGGAGGGAGAGAGAGAGAGAAAGAGAAAGAAAAGGAGAUGAAAGCCAGACAUCAAAGAAAAAAGAAGCCAAAUGCCAAAGUGCUCAUUGAGGACAAAAGCAUUAUUUUAAAUGCCGAAACCCGCUCAGUCUCCACAGGCAUUCUAGAAUCAGCUGGUUCACAUGAUUUUUAGGGCUGUUUUAGAACUUCAAGUUCUGAAUAAAGAAUGGUUUUAAACUGGCAGAGGGAAGCAUUACAUCUCCAUAUCUUGGAACCAACCUCUUCCUUAUUCCUUACUUAAAUGCUGUAGCACACCUCUGCUGUAAAUAACCUUUGGCGUGGGAGGAAGUGAAUGCAUGACAGAGUAGGAAUUUAGACCAUUUUAACAACCUUCAAAACAAAUCUGAAUGCUUUUUCAGUAACACAGCGAGCAUAAAGUAUGUAAACUUUGUAGGAUGGGGUUUAUGGGUGUGCACAUGUUUUACCUUUGGUUUUCAAAUGAAUGUAAAUGGCUUGAGAUGGAAUGACAUUGAAUGUUUGCUUAAAACACACACUGCAGCUUUGUUACGAGGACAAUUGGGUUCUGUCAGUGCUGCAUGCAAUACUUUCCCAGAAAAAAAUUGCAAAAGCAUAUUGUCUAUGGUAACUUCAGAGAUUAAAAAUACAAUGAGCACCGUUUUGGUAUAUUACACUUUAUUUAUUGUUUUGAAAUCCCUGCAUAAUGGUCAUCAAAAGAAAAUUUGGAUAUGUGUGGCUGGAUGAACAAGAGAGAACUGCAGGGUUGGCGAUAGAUGUGUACUUUAACCUUUCACAGACCGGGAAAGGCAAAGCAAAUACGGAACCAUGGAAUUCACCACUUGGGGAAUUCUUCUCACAACCAAAGAAUGGUAUAUUUUAAUCAUUGGCAAGAUGCAAUUAAUUAAGGUAGACUUUAACUUUUUAGUCCUGUAAUGAGUACCUGUCUCAUUUAAAGAAUUACAGUUUGAAACAGUGUUGUUGUUUUGUAGUAAAUUAGACUUUCCUGUAAAAUGAGUGGUUCUCUGUCUCAAGGUUUUUCCCAUGUACUUUUGCUAAUUUUUUUUAACCGUUGAAUUGGUUUGCGUUUGGCAUUUCCCCCCUCAAACCCACAAAGGUAAGUCCCUAGGCAUUUGAACGACCAAUGGCCCACAGCCAAUUUUCACAUUCAUUCAUGCUUAAAAUACUGGUCUUCAAAAUUUCACAUGCCUUUAAUAAUUGACUGGCAGCAAAUCCUUGUGUAUAUAUAAAAAAUGGAGCUACUUGGCUAAUCUGAAGUAUGUCUCUCAUUUACUCUGUAGGGAUUAGAUAAAUGAGUGGCCAUCUCCACAAGAAUCAGUCUCUUUCAGAGUGACUGGCCUGGGAAAAAUGGUCUGCAUGCAUUUUUGGACGUCAUGACAAGACAGCGUGCAAAACAAUGACCAUGGAAAAAAAUUAUUCACAUAUUUCAGAUAUGUAUUAUCUUAAUCAUAGAUGGCAACAUCUAUGAUUAAGAUAAUACAUAUCUGAAAUAUGUGAAUACUUAUUUUAGGGUUUCAUUGAGUGUUUUAAUUUCGUUUUGACUAAAUGCUAUGCACAAAUGGCAUUGCCAAAUCAUUAAAAAGAUAAAAUUAAUAAUAUUUAUUUUAAUAAUAUUUUCAAAAAAUAUAUAUAUAUGAGUAAUUCCAUGACAGGAGUUUAUAGCAUUUGAUGAAGUGCACUACACAGUUUUCAGAAGAGCCAAGUUCAAAGGUUGCCAAGUUCUACUCUAAAUUAGCAGUCAUAAUUUGUUUUUUUAUGCUCCACCAGAUUCAUAUGGUAUAACAUAAACAGUUAAAAUAGUGUUUGGUUAUUUUUCUACUAUUUAUAGAAACAUCGUAGUGCUGACACUUGGAUGCUAAUGAUCCAUGAUGACAACUAGAUGACAACAACAAGAACAGCAGCCACAUGCUUUCACAAUUUACUUAAGAAUAAACUAAAAUAUUAUUUUUUAAUCAAUUUUAGUUUACAUGUUUCAGUUUAUGUCCACUAAUAAAUAAUUUAAUUUGGUAAAUGCUGCUUUUUGUGAGUGGAUAUAUUUUUUUUUAAUCAAAUUAGUUUUAAAAACUCUUUAUCCAGUAGCCUACUGCUCCAAAAGCCUGGAAAAAUAAUGGAAAGAUUUUCAGAUCAAAUCAUUUUGUGAAAAUGAGAAAAACCUGUUUCAUAGAAUUUCAUUCUGUCAUUUUACUUGGCUACGUUACGUUACAUCUGUUGUUACGCGAGAGUUCAGCAGAUGAACUUGAAUAACCAUUUCCGGACACGAGCGUACUUCACUGCAGUCUGUCUCCUCCUGGCGGCUGCGGAUGAAUAUCCUCGUUCUAUUAGUUUGGUCUGGAGCUAGAUCUGUACAUCGAUUACUCUCUUAACACCACAUUAGGCUAGUGAGGCUGACAUUUAUUCAGCUGUCAAGCUGGUAUGUUCUGAUAAAAAAUUAAAAAACCUCCAGAUGCGCUCCUGAUGAUGCAGUGAUAUUCUGUUUUACGCAACAGAUUUGCGUCCUGUCCUGAAAUCUGGUCCCCUGCUCUAUUUUAACUUGUCAUGUCAUUAUAAAUGAUAAAUACCAAUCUUAUCGUCUUUACAUAUCUGUGAAAUAGAUUUAGGAGUCAGGAUGAGUUUAGCUUUCAGCAGGGCUCCUCGAAAGACUGCGGGAAACCGCAUGUCCAGACUGCUGGAUGCAGAGGAGGAGGAUGAGUUCUACAAGACCACCUAUGGAGGAUUUCACGACGAAUCAGGUGAUGACGAAUAUAAGGGUGACCUGUCUGAAACGGAGGAUGAGGUGGACAGUGACUUUGACAUUGAUGAAGGGGAUGAACCCGACAGCGAGCAGGAGGAGGAUGGGCCGCGUCGCAAGAGCAGAGUGGUGACCAAAGCUUACAAGGAGCCAGUUAAAGUGGUGCGGCAAAAACCAAAACAACGGAAACUGGCUGAACUGCCCAGGAGGACAGUCAAGACAAAGAUCAACAAAUACAACCCUCCAGAACUGCAGGAGGACAUCAACAAGAACAGGAAGUCGGUGCGUCAGUCAACAACAGAACACACGCGGCUGACGUACUUGAGGCUGCAGGAGAGGCAGGUUGCUCCGCGUCGAAGAAAGGGUACGAGACAUGAGCGACCUUUGACCCAGGCUGAACUUUUAGCAGAGGCCAAGGUCACAGCACAGAUUAACCUUCGAUCACUGGAAAACUAUGAGCGUUUGGAGGCAGAUAAGAAACGUCAGGUUCAUAUGAAGCGUCAGUGUGUGGGAUCUGUUAUCCGAUAUCACUCCGUGCUCAUGCCACUGGUGUCUGACGUCACUCUUAAAGAGGAAAAUGUGGAUGUAGAGGGUUUGGACCAAGACGCCCAACAGAAUCCAGGGCCUCGCCCUCCACAAGCUCUUUCCCAGUCAGAAUCAACCCUAGCUGCGCCACCUAGUGUCAUAUCCGCUAACACAGCUGCUGUAAACCCUCUCCUGUCCUCAGGGCCUGCCAAAUGCUCCCGCACCUACAUCACAUUCAGUGAUGAUGAAUCCUUCCAGCGUUUCUUUCCCCAGUCCCCACCUCCUCGAAUUCCUGUCCAGGAGAUCUGCCCUGUUACCCAUAAGCCAGCGCUCUACCGAGACCCCAUCACAGACAUUCCCUACGCUAAUGUACAAGCCUUUCGGAUCAUCCGGGAAGCCUAUAAAAAGUAUGUGGCGGCCCACGGCCUGCCCUCCACUGGCACAGCGACUCCAGCUGACACCACUGCAAAGAAUCUGCGCCAGAAGAUCAUUAUUAAACAAGGCAUGUAGAACAAUACACAAGAUGGAAUCUAUCUAUCUGUCUAUCUAUCUAUCUACCUGGUGACAUUACAGUACAACUGGAUAAUAAUGUUUACUGGCGAAUCUGUCUAGUGUAUUUGUAAGUGCAAUAAGCUUCAUAGUUGAAUGUGAUUUUUGCAUAAAUGCUUAAUGUAACUUUAUUUAUUGUGUUUUUAAAGCACUGUUUUAUGUAAUUGA